AUACAUCUUAAAAUUAAACAUGGCCGGUGUUUUGUUUGUGUGUAAAAAUGGUUAUGCUUUACGGCUAUGUUUAGAUAAUUUUUCGCGGUAAUCAAAUAAAUUUCUCGUGGAGUUAGGACGGAGGAAGAUGAACGCUACGAGUCUUUACGUAUCGACAUGUCGGUUGGUUUUACAAGCGGAUUCUGAAGAUCCAAAUUCAUGGACAGACUUGUAUAGGCUAGUUCCGUACUUGCGGCAGAGCUUGAGUUGUACAGUGUGUUCGAAUUUGUUGAUCGAGCCGCAUACACCGACUGAAACGAACUGUCAACAUCAUGUGUGUCGUGGAUGUAGAGGUGGUCGUAAAAAACUCAAACCAUCGUGUAGUUGGUGCAAGGAUUAUGAUAAAUAUGUUGAAAACGUCCAACUUCGGAUAUUGUUACAGUGUUACAAAAAACUGUGUGAAUAUUUAACAAGCACAAAUAUUUAUCGGAGCUUAAUACUCUCCGUGUCUUCCAAUACAACAAGCAAUGGGCCAUCGGCUAUUGGUGCUACUAGUCUCAUGGAACUCAUACAAGAAGGGACCGGUUUUAAAGACGAAUUCAAAAGUACCGCUGGUUUAUCUAAAUCAGCGUACAGUAUUCUCCCUUGUGUUUAUACCAGUACUACCUCUACUCAAACUCAAGGAAAUACUAUGUCAACUUCUGAGAAUAUUUCGCAAAACAUACCUGAGUCGCCAACUAUUCGUACAGUUUCAAAUGGAUCUUCGAUAUAUUCGGUGAUGUACGCUGGGUCUGGUAACAAAAUAACGAUAAAACGGAAAGCAGCGGCCACAGAAGAAAUAGAAGUAGGACAACAGGAAAUGGAUGGAACACAACAAGGCUCUGUAGGAGGGGUAAAAUGCAUUCCAUCUUCCCAACUUAAAUAUGGGACCCCUUCUCAGAAAAAAUCUUCAAAGGGCAGCAAAUCCUCGGGCAGUUUUAAAAAGCCACGAUCAAGUUCUACUAGGAGCAAAAGAAAAGGAUGCAGAUGUGGUAAUGCUACAGCUAUACCUGGAAAAUUAACAUGUUGUGGCCAAAGAUGCCCUUGUUAUGUUGAAAGUAAACCAUGUAUUGAAUGUAGAUGUAGAGGUUGUAGAAAUCCUCAUACAGCUGAUGGUUUAAAGAUCCGCCCACAUAUACCAGAACUUCAUAACCUGCAAUUACAACUGUCUACUCCCUUGGAUUGUGAUGAACUAAACUCAGAUCCCUUAGGAUCCGUGUCACAAUGUCUUUCAACAUCUCCUACAACAAUUCAAGUAUUAAAUGUCUAUUCCACUCCAAGACUUGAUAUUGAUAACGUUCCACAAAAUUUGCCUGCAGCUUUAUUAGUAGGAGAAGAUGCUAUAGUUAGUACUGAAAGUGAAGCAGAAGACAGUGAUAUACAAAUUGAUGUGUGACAAAGUGUUUAAAUAAAAUUAUGCAUUAUACAUGA